GCAGUGCAGAUGUGUCGCAGAUUUGAGAAGUCACUGUACAUACGGAAAGAUCUGGUACAAGGAAGUGGAAGGGAGAAAUUCAGUUCCAACUUAAACGAAAACAAAGCUCAGUUUGUAGAGGGAGGGUUGGGGGAGGAGAAAACAGUUUUUGAAUCGCGACGCGUAGAGACUUGUCAUAGCUUGUAUACAGUUACUUUAUAGUGGCGAGCUAAACUAACAGCAGUUAUUCUCAUUUCUGCUGAAUACAUUUAUUUCAAAGAGCAAGCAGAACGUUCAGUAUUGGACCAAUGGAGCUGUCAGCGAUUGGUGAACAAGUGUUUGCUGUGGAAUCAAUAAUCAAGAAAAGAGUUAGAAAGGGGAACGUGGAAUAUCUAUUGAAGUGGAAGGGAUGGCCCCCCAAAUACAGUACAUGGGAACCAGAGGAGCACAUCUUGGACCAGCGUCUGGUGCAGGCCUAUGAGGAGAAAGAGCAGAAGGACAGAGCCCUAGGGUACCGGAAGAGAGGACCCAAAGCUAAAAGGAUUCUAAUACAGAAUACUAUUUACAACAUGGAUCUCCGGAGCGCCCACAAGGCCCCAGAGAAGCCUCCAGCUCACCUACGUCUCUCCCCGACUCGCUCACUGGAAUCUGAGGCAGAAGACCCGACCUACGGGGCCUGUAGACGGAGCCUACACCCCCGCCUGGCCCACCGCAACAACAAACCCAGAAGGUCACAGUUCAUGUGCCUGGCCUCUCCCCCUGGCCCCCCUACCCCCACACAGGACCCCACACAUGAUGACUGGGGAAGGAGGGAAGAGGAAGAUGACAUAGAGGAGGAAACUCGACAGGAGCAGUCGGAGCGAGAGACAGAGAUAUGCAGCGGCAUUCUGAAUGGGCAGGAUAGGGCAGAGGACUGGAGUUCCGUGAUUGGCUCAGAGGAAGUGACCGCGUCAGAGCGGUCCUCUGUUUGGAGCCCAGGGGAGGUGACCGUGACUGACGUCACCAUAAACUCUCUCACAGUGACUUUCAGAGAAGCCCUGGCAGCCAAAGGCUUCUUCAGAGGCUGGGGCUUAGAGUUCUGAAACACACAGCAGCAUACACAGACGAAACCGGGUCUGGGAACAGAAUGAGCGAUAUGGAAAGUGUGGCUCUUGACACUGUUUGGACUGUGUGACCACUUUUUCUCCUCAUCCCUUUACCCUUCUUCCCUUUCUGGCCUUGUGAUUGACCUCUGUCCACACUAACUUCGUUCAAUAGGCAUACUGUAUUGUGUAGUGUACAGUAUAUACUGACUACAUUGAGAUGGGCAUACACUCCUUCUACAUUGAGCUAUACACAGUAUACUGUAUACCAUAUCCUUCUGGACUGUUAUUAGAUAAACAUGUGGCUUAGUAGAGUCUUGAAAUGAUUUAGAAAUCCUCUGCAAGAUGACUUCAUCAGCCUGCAUGCCUUUCUCCUCUCCUCUCUCUGGAUACACACUGAUACUCAAGACCUUUUGGUUACCCACUAAAGCCCUGCGCAACACAUCCAGUGUAAACUAACUUUAAAAGUGGAACCAAAAACCUAUAUAAAAAAACAGACUUAGGAACAGUCUGUUCUUUUCUGAAUUGCACUGUAUUUACGUCAUGAUGUUGAUGUGUCAUCUUUGUGGAAUCUUCCUUGUCGCCUCCCAUUGGUCAGUGGCUGUUUAUCCCACUCCCAGUCCCAAACCGAGACUGAUGGGUCUUGUGACUAAUGUUCCCUCAAUUUUUUUUGGGCACUGAGCAAAUGUCAGGUCUGCUGAGCGUAAACUUGAAUGUUGUGAAAAUUCGGUGCAACUUCUGGCGCACACUGAAGCUGUACCCGCUUUAAGUUAGUUAUAACAGUGGCCAAGUAGGCAACUGUGGCAAUUUGAUCGUAAUGUAGGCCUAUCACAGUGGCCUACCAUGAUUAUUUAAAAAAAUAUGAAUCCCAUAACAUUUUAACAUGGAAAUAGCUGCAGUCCUACAUUUACAUUUUAG